UGGUGAGAGGAGAGCCGCGGUGAGGCUGAGCUCCGAGCGUAGCGGCGGCCCUGCCAAGCGAUCCGGGAGCCCUGGUCGCCUCGCCUGUGGGCUCACGGACCUUUGCUGCAUCUUUACGCGGCUGGGCUCGGGUUCCUUUUGUUCUGUGUAACGAAGUUAGACCAGAAUGAUACAAGUUUUGGACCCAAGGCCUCUAUCCAGUUCCAUCAUGCCUGUUGAUGUGGCCAUGAGAAUCUGUUUAGCCCGUUCUCCACCUGUGAAGAGUUUUCUCAAUCCACUUGAUGAAUAUCGUAGAAGAAACUUUGUGGACCGAUUUAAGCCUCUGAGACCAUGCCUCCAUAUCAAACGCGAGACCGAGUCUCAGAGCAGUGACUGGAAACGCUCUGCUGGCCGAACCAAAAAGAGAGUGGUCUUUGCAGACUCUAAAGGCCUCUCUUUGACUGCCAUCCAUGUUUUCUCUGAAUUCCAGGAAAACCCUGCAUGGGAUCUUCAGUUUGACUUGUUAGAUCUUGAAGACAUAACAGCUGGCUUAAAACUUCAUGAGGAAAAGAACUUGAUUCUAGGCUUUACACAGCCUUCAGUUGAUUACUUAGACUUUCGGAACCACUUGCAGAAGAAUUUUGUCUGCCUUGAGAACUGCACGCUCCAAGAAAGAUCUGUGUCGGGGACUGUGAAAGUGAAAAAUGUGUAUUUUGAAAAAAAGGUGCAGGUCCGGAUCACCUACGACUCAUGGAAGACGUAUUCCAACAUCGAUUGCGUCUACAUGAACAAUGUGUAUGGAGACUCUGACAAUGAUACCUUUUCCUUUGCUCUUGACUUGCCUCCAGCUAUUCCUACUGAAGAGAAGAUUGAAUUUUGUAUCUAUUACCAAACUGGAGAGCGUGAAUUCUGGGACAAUAAUGAUGGGCAGAACUAUAAGAUUGUCCAUGCAGAAUGGAAGCCUGAUGGUGUUCAAGCACCAGCGUUGCCCAAGAAAGACUGCAGGACACUCAGGUCCUCAAGGAAAACACAUGAAACGGGCUGUGAACAGCUUGGAAGCCCUCGGAUAUCUAACGGCAUAGUCCCUGAAUGGCAAAACUGGGAGAGGGUGGGAAACUCCUCUCCAUAUUGGUGAAGGAAGUAAGCUACAAAGCUAUCUGCUAUCGGCAGCUGAACAUGGACUGGUGUUGUAAAAGGAUUUGCUGACUGCUUUAAAAAAAAAACUGACUUGUUACAACUUUAAAAAACCUACUAGCUCCAUCUUGGAUUUGAGGGGGAGAGAAAGAAUAUAUAAAUUUAGUGAUGCUUUCUCCUCAUGUAAGAAUCGACUGGGUUGCCCAUAUAUGUGACUAGAUUUGUUCAUUAUUUGCCUUAAUGAGAAGGGCUUGUUAAGAAGUAACAUUAUGUGUUCGGUGGCUUUUUUUGGUAAUGUGUGAAUUGUUGAGGGGGUGGGAUAUUGAGCACAGAGCCACAAAAAAUUGUGCUUGAGAUUGUGAGAGAUACUGGUGUGUAAAUCAAGGCUGGACAAAUCUUGAUUGUAACACAAUUCAAAGGGUUGUGGGAUAGGAGCGUUCUCUUAGUUGGGAGUAAAGGGAAAAGAAAGAAGGGGGAAGUGGUGUGAUGCACUGUAUUAUGAAAUAAAGGUAUUUGAGUAGGGAAUCUAGUGUAUGAAAUCCCAUGGAAAACUUCAGAGAUUUGUAAGAAGCAAGAAGUAAUAAAGAAGCAAUAAAGAACUGCUGUACGUCUACUCCAAGUACUUUUCACAAAAACGCAGGAAUGCAAAAAGGCUUGCCAGUCCUUAGUCAGCUGCAUGACAGACAGAACUUCAACAGGUGCAGCUUUCCCCAUAUUUGGGAAGGCUGCACCUGUUGCACUUGGGGAGGGGAAAGAAGGCAAGAGGCAACCACAAAGUGGGGGGGGGGAAGAUGUUGGGAUGUUAAUGGGGGGAAUAAGUCUCUCUAUAGUCAUGUUCUUGGCCUUAGGAAUCUGUCUUGAUAGACAAUGGGUUUGUUCUGCUUUCAUGAACGCUUGUGAAACCACAGUUUACAGGUAAUAUACACAGGCUAUGCCUUAAACAAAAUUCCAUAGUUGUUCAAGAUUAUACCAAGCAUUUAGUUUUAAAAGACUGACUCUUUGUAAAAUACCUUGAUCUGUAGACACUGUUGGUUGGUUUAUUGAUUUUUGCCCUGUGAAAGUUUCUCAACUUUCCAGUUAUCUUGCUUACUAUUGCAAAGAUUUUUACUAAUAUUUUCUCCUCUAAAAAUAGCUCUUCCCAACUGUGAAAUAAACCUAAGCAAAUAGUCCUUCAUGUUGAAGGGGUGGUAAUGUAGCUGCACUUCUCAGGCUAACCAGUUUAAAAUGACAGUAUGCACCUUGCACAUAAAUAGAAAUAGUUUUUUAAUUCAUGCUCAUACCUCAUUUUCUCCAUAGCUUUUAGAGAUGCAGAUAGCUUUGUGUGUGGUACUUCAUAAUAGUAUUAAUCUUUCAAAAAAAGAUCACAUUUGUAAAUAAGAGCACAAGGCUUAACUCUGGGCACAGAUUGUAUUAGACAAAGCAAAACGGGAGGGCACGCAAAUCCAUAUGCUCAUUUGCCUGUUUGGUAGUGGUGAUGUUUGUCUGCGGAAAAUGUAAAUCACAAUAUUUGUCAUGCCAAUACUGUGAUGGACUUUGCAUUGUAAAAAAAAAAGGGAAAAGUCUCUUCCACCUGUUUUUUUUUCUACUGUAUCUCACUAUUGUGUAGAUCAUUUUUAAAAAAAAUAAAUUGUUUUUUAUAA